CAAGCCCUCCUCCUUGAACGUUGUAUAAAUCCUCGAUAGAGGCAACACAGCUGCUGGUCAGCAACAUCUACGCGCAAUAAUGGCCGCUGUAACAAAUGCAGACAUUCCCGUGUCUCCGACUGAAGUGCGGGUCAUCAACCGUUUGUCUGAAAGUAAUGGCACAAUCAAGAUCCAACCCGCCGCACCAGCAGACCAAGUGAGCCUUGUCCAGUAUGACGCCUCAUUUAGGGAUAUCGUCGGUGCCUCGCCAACACAUUCUCUUCUCCUCUCCACAGCUGGGAACUCUAACAAUCCAUUCUUUCACGAAGCAUGCGUGUUCAUUCCGGAGCACGACGAGCUGUACAUAACCUCAAACCUCCUGCAGGCCGUCAGCACCGCCAAUUUCCCCACCAUUCUCAUAUCUAGAGUGAAGCUUCUCCGCACGGAUCGCUUGAGCGGGGACAACAGUGUCCACACUGUCCAAUGGGCAAAGCUGCGGCCCCCGCCAGGUAUUGAUAUGCCGAAUGGAGGGGUCAACUACAAAGAUGGGAUCUUAUUCUGUGCGCAAGGCUCACCAAGAUCAGGCACAGGCGGUAUAUACUACAUGCCUCGAAGGACGCCGCCCGUACCUAUGGUAACCAAUUUCCACGGGCGAGACUUCAACUCUGUGAACGAUGUGGUUGUGGCCAAGGACGGCAGUAUCUGGUUUACGGAUCCGUGCUAUGGCAACGAGCAAGACUUCAGACAGAAACCAAAGCUCCCGAACCUAGUUUAUAGGUUUAACCCGGAGAAUGGGGACCUCAGAGUUGUAGCUGAUGGCUUUGGGAGACCAAAUGGUAUUUGCUUUAGUCCGGACGAAGAUGUUGUGUAUAUCACGGAUACAGAUGCAUUUCAUGGUGACGGGAAUAAAGAUUCAACAAGAUCUGCAACUAUUUACGCGUACGAUGUUAUAACAAGAGGAAGUGCUCCCUUCCUUGCCAACCGAAGAGUCUUCGCAUAUGCAGCAGUUGGCUUUCCCGAUGGAAUAAAAUGUGAUAUCUUCGGCAACGUCUAUUCCGGGUGUGGCGACGGAGUCGAGGUUUGGAAUCCCUCUGGGACUCUCAUUGGCAGGAUUCUGGUCCCUGGCGGGGUUGCCAACUUCUGCUUUGGAAGAGAUGGAGAGAUGUUUCUCUGCGCUGAGCAGAGUCUCUGGAGGUUGCAACUGGCUCAGUCAACCAAAGGUGCAUUACUUGGUAUUUGAAAUAAGGCUGCAUACGAAUAACGAAACACUUGAUUCCAGAUGCAAAAAGCUCGAUGACCCCUCUCAUUCUUGGAAGAUAUCCAC